ACCAAUGGCAUUGACGAGCUCAUCGGCAUCCCCUUCCCCGACCACAGCAGCGAGGUCCUGUGCAGCCUCAACGAGCAGCGGCAUGAUGGCCUGCUCUGCGACGUGCUCCUGGUGGUGCAGGAGCAGGAGUAUCGGACCCACCGCUCCGUGCUGGCAGCCUGCAGCAAGUACUUCAAGAAGCUCUUCACAGCCGGCACCCUAGCCAGCCAGCCCUACGUCUACGAGAUCGACUUCGUGCAGCCCGAGGCGCUGGCCGCCAUCCUGGAGUUCGCCUACACCUCCACGCUCACCAUCACUGCCUCCAACGUCAAGCACAUCCUCAACGCCGCCAGGAUGCUGGAGAUCCAGUGCAUCGUCAACGUGUGCCUGGAGAUCAUGGAGCCCGGGGGCGACGGCGGGGAGGAGGACGAUAAGGAGGACGACGACGAUGACGAAGAGGACGAUGACGAGGAGGAUGAGGAGGAGGAGGAAGAGGAGGAGGAGGAUGACGAUGAUGACACGGAAGACUUUGCAGACCAGGAAAACCUGCCUGAUCCCCAGGACAUCAACUGCCACCAAAGCCCUUCCAAGACGGACCAUCUCACGGAGAAGGCCUAUUCAGACACACCCAGGGACUUCCCCGACUCCUUCCAGGAUGGCGGUCCUGGCCAUCUGGGGGUGAUCCGGGACUUCUCCAUCGAAUCUCUGCUGAGGGAGAACCUGUACCCCAAAGCCAGCAUCCCCGACAGGAGACCCUCCUUAUCUCCAUUCGCCCCGGACUUCUUUCCACACCUCUGGCCAGGGGACUUCGGUGCCUUUGCUCAGCUGCCCGAGCAGCCCAUGGACAGUGGGCCACUGGAUCUGGUCAUCAAGAACCGGAAGAUCAAGGAGGAGGAGAAGGAGGAGCUGCCCCCACCCCCACCCCCACCCUUCCCUAACGACUUCUUCAAGGACAUGUUCCCUGACCUGCCCGGGGGGCCACUGGGCCCCAUCAAGGCGGAGAACGACUACGGUGCCUAUCUCAACUUCCUGAGUGCCACGCACCUGGGGGGCCUCUUCCCACCCUGGCCGCUGGUGGAGGAGCGCAAGCUGAAGCCCAAGGCCUCGCAGCAGUGCCCCAUCUGCCACAAAGUCAUCAUGGGGGCCGGGAAGCUGCCGCGGCACAUGAGGACGCACACCGGGGAGAAGCCAUACAUGUGCAACAUCUGCGAGGUCCGCUUCACCAGGCAGGACAAGCUAAAGAUCCACAUGCGGAAGCACACGGGGGAGCGGCCCUACCUGUGCAUUCACUGCAACGCUAAGUUCGUGCACAACUACGACCUCAAGAACCACAUGCGCAUCCACACGGGCGUGCGGCCCUACCAGUGCGAGUUCUGCUACAAGAGCUUCACGCGCUCCGACCACCUGCACCGCCACAUCAAGCGCCAGAGCUGCCGCAUGCCCCGGCGCGGCCGCAAGCCAGCCGCCUGGAGGGCAGCCAGCCUGCUCUUCGGGCCAGGCGGCCCAGCCCCAGACAAGGCGGCCUUCGUGAUGCCGCCAGCGCUGGGCGAGGUGGGCAGCCACCUGGGCGGCGCGGCCAUGUGCCUCCCUGGCCCCAGCCCCGCCAAGCACUUCCUGGCGGCGCCCAAGGGCGCGCUGAACCUGCAGGAGCUGGAGCGGCAGUUUGAGGAGACGCAGAUGAAGUUGUUUGGGCGCGCCCAGCUGGAGGCCGAGAGGAACGCAGGGGGCCUCCUGGCCUUCGCACUGGCGGAGAACGUGGCUGCCCCGCGGCCCUACCGCCCCCUGCCCGCGCGGCCCUACUUCCCACUGCCCGACCCGUGGGCCGCGGGCCUGGCCGGCCUCCCUGGGCUGGCUGGCCUCAACCAUGUGGCCUCCAUGUCUGAAGCCAACAACUAG